UUUUGUGAGACAAAGCUGUCUUAGCAUUAUGGCGUCCGGAGGAGAAGAGGUGUCCGGUGGAGUAGACGCAGAACUGGACGAGUUACUGGACAGCGCUUUGGAUGACUUUGACAAAGCCUCCUCUCCUCCGGCCCCUGAAGCUGCAGCAGCCUCUUCCUCAGCCAGCAGUGGUGCAGAGAAGCCCCCCCUGCUUGAGGACUGCAAACUCUUUGAGAGUCUCUUUGAGGGGGACAUGGCGACCCAGGCCAGGGACGAGUGGGAGAAGGCCAUGUCCGAGCUGGCCCAGGAGGAGCCAGAACUGCUGCAGCACUUCCAGAAACUGUCAGAGGCAGCAGGCAAAGUCGGGACAGACACAGCUUCCCAGCAGGAGUUCACUUCCUGUCUGAAGGAUACCCUCCGUGGCCUGGCGAAGAAUGCAGACAACCUCCAAGUUGGCUCCUUAGACUCUUCAGGUCUAGCUGGAGAUGACCUGGUUAAGGCUCUUGAGGGUCUUGGGUUGGAUGAGGGUGGGGAAGGGGGUGGAGACGAUGGGAACAUCCUCCCCGUCAUGCAGUCCAUCAUGCAGAACCUGCUCUCUAAAGAAGUGCUGUAUCCUUCUCUCAAAGAAAUCACCACUAAGUACCCAGAGUGGCUGCAAGCAAACAAGCCCAGCUUAAGUGCAGAGGACUACCGCCGCUACGAACAGCAAUCCAAAGUCAUGGGAGAUAUCUGCAAGCUCUUUGAGGCCGAGGAACAGGGAGUAGAAAACAAAGAGAGAACUUUUGAGAGCAUCAUGGACCGGAUGCAGCAGCUGCAGGAUCUAGGCCAGCCACCCAAGGAAUUGGCAGGAGAUGUGCCUCCAGGCUUAAACUUUGACAUGGAGUCCCUGAACCUCCCUGGAGGCCUUGGAGCCGGGGCCCCGGAUCAGUGCUCCAUCAUGUGAGGGGGUGGAGCGGUUCGUCGGGAGAUUUGGUGCCGAAUGGUUCCUCUGUGUGAGUCGGAGAACAACAGACGGAGAGCCAGAGGUCAGGCAGCGGUGUGACCUGACAGUCAACACUGUUGACCUUUCAGAUGGGUGUGAAAACAAGCAGAGGAGCUGCUGAAAUCAACACUAAAUGCCAACACACAUUCUCUGUAAAAAUCAAAAUGUGAACACAGAAAAUGUAAAGAUUUCUACAGUAGUUUGUCGUCAGAAGCCACGCCUCCUUCAGAGUUAUUUUAGCAGAAUCUCUCCAAUAAGAAGAAAUGACCACUGCCGCUCUUUGUGUUGUUUUUACAUGGCGUUUAGUCUACUUCACAGGUUUGAACAGUGCCUUUUAACAAUAACCCUGAUUAUUUUAGCCUCUGAAACAUUGAAUAAUCUGCUCUUUCAGCUAAGCAGCUCACAGUUAGUCUUUAAAAGUCAAUUUGCUGUAACUUUUUUUUUUUUCCAAUCAACAGAACCCCAAAUUAGUGUGUGAUAGAAGUAACAGGUUAACUCUUAAUAUGCAAAGAAGUAUGUGUGUUUUUGUUAAUUAUUUUAAAGAAGAGAGUGUUUAUGAGAAGAGACAUUGGAGUACCUUAGAAUGAGAACGGUUCUCCCUGGUGUUCCUCCUAUCCAGCCACUGAUUUGGAGUGAUUUUGACCCCAGAAAACCUUAACUGUGUUCACAGCUGAGAUCCGUUUUGAGUGGCUGUGCAGAUGGGAAUCCCUGUGGAGAAGAUUCCUAAAAGGUGAAAUAAACACCCAGGAGUGGAUUUCAAAGUGUCUUUUUUUUUUUCCUUCCUAAAAAGCGGCAGAGCAGUAAACAUCAUGUUGAUAUGGGGGUGCUGAAAGCAGAGGCCCUGCUGAAUAGAACCCCCUGAUGUUGGCACUUUUUUGUGACGGCUGCCGGGUUUGUUGACUGGUGGGCUCUUUUCAUGGGCUGCGAUUAUCUCUGAACUUUUGUAAUGGCUUCUCUGCGGUGUUAUCAGAGGGAGAAGUCCAGAAACGCCGGGUCUUCAUAACUGCAAUGAAAGGGUUCCGUCAAAGGCCUUUGUCAGCUCUGCACAGAGAAGAGGUCAGAUUUGCAUCCAGCACAGCUAAAGGGAGGCAGCUAUGGGGGGGGGGGGGGGGGGGGGGGUAUUUAGACCUGUGGUUUGCAGCACAGGGAGACUGAGAGCGGUUCAGUUCUCAGGACAAAUGCUCCAUAUCAUGCAUAAAAUGACCUACUGGACACUUUUUCUUGUACAUAUAGUAAUUAAAAAUAAAGAUAUGGUACAAUGUG